CAUCUACAUAUGCCCAACUCCGCCAUAUUGGAUUGUGAUGUCUUACAUGGGUAGGGUAACAAAUAUAUGAGGAAAGUACAAGCAAGAAGGUACAAAACUCCCUUGAUCAGAUCUGGUCAUCAUUAUUAGAGUUAUUUCACGCCAAGCACAUUCUCACUAUGAGUUUUGUUGAUGCCAGAAAGAGCAAGAAGAGGAAAAGUAGGAAGGGCACCAGGUCGGCCAACACCUCGUCCAACCAGAUCAAUCAGCCAAAUAUUUCGCACUUAAAGCAAGAGGAUCUUGAAGAAAUGAAAGAAAUUGAGAGAUUGAUGGAUGCAGGAGAAGACUCUGAUGAUCCAGUGCCCAAUUUCUCCAGGGGCCCUAACCCAUAUCUUGGCGGUGAGAGAUGCCUGCUUUGCCGUUGUGAAAGACCUAGUCACUUGAAAGAAAUAGAGGAAGCCAAUAAAGAGUCAGAAAAGGAAAAGGCUGCAGCUAUGGGGCUCACUCAAUUGCCACUUUGGGUGUGUCCUGAAUGUAGAAAGACUGUAGAAGAGGAAGAAAAGAAAGCUGGCAUAGAUACCUCAUUCUUGGAGCAAGAGCUGCGCAUGGAUGCGAAUCAGCCCUUCACUCUCACAGACAGUAUGUUAACUCCUGCGUCUGAGCCCACCACACCCAAUGGAACCCUCUGUACUUGUGAGGCUUGCACUGAAAGAAGGUACAUCACUUUCUUUGAACCAGUGAGGGAAAUUGAAAAUGAGCACCACAAGGAGACCCAGGAGUUGCAGCAGUGUUGGAUGGAGGUGCGGCAUGUUGUACGCUGUGUUUACAGACAGGCUGGCACAGGGUUGGAGGAGAAUGAGAAUGAGGGGGAGACUGAAGCUUUACCAGACUUGAAUAAAAUGAAAGAUCUGGUACACAGGCUUUGCCUAAGGGACCCACACCAGCUUUUCCAGCGGUUAGAGUCCCAGGCAAGAGAAUAUGUCAUAGAGAUGAAGGUGCGACUUCUCAAACAGCUCAACCAAGGCCAGAAGACGCCUGCACAAGCCAAACAAUUUGUUUCCAUGCUGCUGGAGGAAUACAGCAAUCUCUGUAAAGCUGCAAAAACCAUUUCAUCUUUCAUGACAGAGUUGGAGACAGAGCAUCUUAAAAAAUUCAAUUUGACAUGGGAGCUACACAACAAGCACCUUCUUCACAGUAUCAUAUACUCUGAUCCUUUGGUUCAGAACAAUCUGCCCAUGCUGCUCACUCAGCUCAGGCUGGGAGCAGCAUCUAAGGAGUCAUAUCAUGAGGAUACCUAUCCAAAUCUGCUGCACAGUUAUCUCAAGUUUGACAAUGAACUCUCAGUGGUGUCUGUAGUGUGGAGGGAUUGCCAGCAUCUCAUGGAGGAAUACAAUGAAGAACAGUCUGCCCUGAAAGCCAAACAGAAGAUGCUUAAGGAAGAUUGGGAAUUUUUCAAAGCACAAAGAAAACUAUUGGAGCAACAAGUUCUUAAAAAUAAUACCAGCAAAACUCAACAGCACAACCUUGAGGUCCAGUUCACAGAGACCAUGAAGACACUGUUAGCUGGCCCAAAACCUCAGGCGACAGAGAUGCAUGUGGAAUGUCCCAACUGUCACAGGAAAAGGUGUUCUUGUGAUGAAUGCACUAUUUCCCAUAUGAUAACUUGUGGUAUUAUCAGCCCAGAGGUCAGUGAUGGGAUGAACACUCACUUACCUCUUCCCCUGCCGCACUACGACCCCUCACGCUAUGUCAUUGAUGUGGACCCCCCAUCAGUGUCCAGCACCACUUCUAGUAGUGGCUCUUCUAGUCCUAUUAUUGUGGACCCAGAGAGGCUUACACUGCCCUUUGAUGAAAAUCAGGACAACUCUGACAAUGAAGAAUAUGUAGAAGCAUCAGAAACCCAGGACACAGGUGGGCAGGAUUCAAAGGGUGAAGAGGGUGAUGAUGAGGCUGAAGACGACGAUGAUGAGGGUGAGGAUGACGACGAUGAUGAUGAGGACAAUGAGGAAGAUGAAGAUGAGGAGGAAGAAGGACAAGAGAAGGGAGAAAUGGAAAAUGUUAGUGGAGUGAAGACUGCAGAUGUUGUGGGUGAAAGCCCAGACCAGUGGUCUAACCCAGUGCCAAAGUCUGGUGAUGGUGUAGCCCAGUGUUCCUGUCCUCAGUGUUUGCAAGCUCAGGCCAUUGCUCAGAGGGCUAGGGCUCAAGCUCAGCUGGAGCAGAAGAAGCUGGAGGAGAACCAGUGCCAGUGUCAUGCAUGUCUUCAGCAGCUUGGGAAGACCAUACCAACAUCGCUCCCUCAACCACCGGUGUCCAUGACAAACACACCCGCAUCCUUCAACCUGUACCCUCACAUCCAUGGGUCUAACAGUUUACAGGGGCUGGCCGGACCACAGGCUGUGAGACCUUUUCUCCAUCCUCAGCUAUAUGAUCUGCACACUCCUCUACAACACUUCCCCAAACCCAUCAUCCAACCUCAAAAGAAACAGCCUCUCAAUUUGAACUUAGACCUGGAUUCCCAAGAAGCCCUUCAUGAGCACAUUUAUAAUGCGUAUUCUGAAUGGGAUAAUGUUUAUGACCAUACAAACUUUAUGUUUCCUCAUGCUAAGUUUGGAAGCAGCCUUGGGUCAGAGUUGCUGAAUGGACCCCCUCCUCCAUUGCUCAAUGCAAAUACGUUUCUUGGAGGAGAUCAGCGGCCUCCUUUCUCCAUAGACCAGAAUGUAUUUUCAAGCCCAUCAAAAGCAUCGGCUCCUCACAGCACAGUUGGAAACAGCAAAACCUCACUGGCUGCUCCUAUGCCCACUCUAGCUGACCAUGUUGCACAGAAAGAGAACUGUUUUAAGAACCUGAAACCAAUAAACAGGACGACGUUUAACCAACCUGUGAGUAAAGCACCACAGCAUCCAAAUUUGGCAUCCCCUGCUGGUAUGAGUUUUGGUGGGAAAGUGGAUCCUGGAUAUCUGGACCACUGUCUGAAACAUAGUCCAACCAGUAAUCCUUUCUCUGUCAGUCAUUUUCCUCUGUCAAAUACCACCAAUACAUUCACGUCAGUACCAGCGUCCUCGGCCUCUGCCCACCAACUCUCCCUGGAGUCUAUGAAGCUGCCAGUGCUACCUCCAGGGACAGCUGAAGAGUUGGUCAGUCAAGCAUUUGGUGCUGGGCUGAAUCUCAAUCUCCCUCACCCGUGCAAUCAUCUCCACAACAACAACAACACCGGGCAAGGCCUGUCCAAGCCACCUCCUCCCACAGCAGGUAUGGAUUCCAGCGGAAUGUAUGGCGGCCCACUGGGUAACUCAGCUGCUAUGAAUAAUGUAAGUGUGGGGACAUCAACAGGCUGUGCCGAUCCUGAAUGUGAUGGUCACCAUGAUGACACGUAUGAUGAGGAUAGUUGUUCAGAACAGAGCUCUUCCACUUCCACAUCCAACCAGAAGGAUGGCAAAUACUGUGACUGCUGUUACUGUGAAUUCUUUGGGCAUGGCAAUCCUCCCAAUGCACCAACAAGCAAAAAUUUCCUCGAGAUGAGAGAUCGGUUGCGACUAAAAUUGAAACGUAAGAACGAGUACCACCCUGAUCGUGAAGAGCGCGAAGAGUGUCAACACCAGGAGAUCCAGCUUCUCCAACAGCAGCCUCACAAGCAGGAGCCAGCUCAGCCACAGCCCCAUGAGGAUCCUGUCACACGCAUGGGCCUUGAGGAAUUGGUCAACUUCAUCAAUGGUGGAGAUUCCAAUGGAGAGAAACAACUUAGUGCCAAAGCUGCAAAGAGAGCCAGGCAGAAACAGAAAAAGGCAGAAGAAAGGGCCCGAAAGUUGGCAGAGCAGCAAGAGAGAGAGAAAGAGCAGAAGAGAAAGGAGGAAUUGGAGAAACAGCAACAGCAGCAGCAACGCCAGCUUCAGCUGCAACAACAACAACAACAGCAGCAGCAGCAGAAUGUCAGGAAAAAGAAAAACAAGCUCAAAGACACUAGCAACCAACAGCAAGAUACAUCAUCCUCUGCAGAGCAGAAAGCUGGUAGCCAAAUCACCCCUGCGGAACCAACCACUACAGAAAAGCCAGAAGUGCCAAAGCUCAGCAAACAAAACAACAAGGACAAGCAAAGCAAGGUGCAACAAGGGAAAAGUAAAGUGACAACCACAAAUGAAAUCAAUACUAUUGGCACUGGUGGGGAAGCCUUACCACAAGGGAAAGCGAGGAAAAACAAGUCCAAACCAGGCCAACAGGAAAGUAAAGGUAAUCAGAGCUCAGAUACCACAGUGGCUAAAAUUGCCAAUGGUCAGAUAAUUCAAGAGCAACAGCAGCAAAGGCCAGCUAAACAACAGCAUGGUGGGAAACAACAGCAGGUACAACAACAACAGCAUGGCAAGUUACAGCAACAGCCCCAGGAAACUAACAACAAGACACCACAAUCCAUGGUCUGCAAUCAGAAGCUUCAACAGCAGCAGCAGCAGCAAAAACAACUGAGUAAAAAUCAACAGCAACAACAGUUGGAUUUCAAUCAUCAGCAGAAACAGGUGCCCCAGGCUACUCAGAGUCCAAGGAUUCAGCAGAAGUCCAAACAAGGGGUGAAUGACAAAGGUCAGCUGAUGAAUGGGAAAGUGUCCCCAACCAGCGGACAGGAGGAAACCUCACCCAGCAACAACCAGACUAAAAGCAAGAGCAAGAAAAAGAAGAAGUCUGCAGCUGCUGCAGCAACUAUUGAUGAAAUUUUCAUGCCCAAGCAAGAUUUGGACUUGGAUAAUGGAGAUAUGGAUGAAUAUGAAAAAGAGUUGGAGGAGUUUAAGAGGUUCUGCUUGGAUUCUAAACCCGCCGAGACUCGUGCCAAACUUCAGGUAAAUGUCAACUUCAAGGAUCUCCUGAACAAGGGCAAGAAGAGUUCUUCCAUUUCUUGCAGCUAAACAUGCAUGAACUGUACAAUGGAUUUGUUGUCUUGCAUUAUUUCAUUGUUUUAUCACUAAUUCUUAAAGAAAGCAGAAUUAGUGCAUGGAAUUGAUCUUAAGUUGGACCGGUGUUUGAAAAAUUUACUUUCACCUUCAAAUGUCCUGAUUGAAUCUGAAUAGUUAUUAUAUGAACUAUGAAUGAACCUUAAAAGGCUAUCCAGGACAUGUGACAAAAACAGAGUAAUAGUCCAACUAUCAGUAGUUAAGAAGGGAGAUACUUGUAUCUUAGACAUUAAAGGUAUUUUCAGUAGUUCACAAAUUGAUUAUGACCAUAAAAUGUGGAUGAUAAUUUAACAGUAUGGGUUAUGCCUUUUAUACUUCUCGUUGUUGAUGUGUAUGCCAAGCACAAAAACUGCAAGCUCUGGCAAUUUACUCGCUGUUACUGUGAUCAAAUUAAGUGGAAUGGAUUGUUAAGUUGCUUGUUAUUAUUAUCUAUUUAAGUUUCCCUUAAAAGACAAGUGUAUUAAUUGACAACAUGAUGUAUUGAAUUAUGCAGAAAUGAUGUACUAUGCUGCCUAAGUCUAUGUGCAAGCAUGUGAAGCUUUGAGGUGUAUGAUGAUACUGCUACUAUCACAAGGGUAGUUUUAUGUCCUAAGUUAGUUCCUGACUGGUCAAGAAGUACUGACCCUGGAUACAGAUGGUGGUCACAUUCUAUGCAAUAUUGGGAUGCAUGUGCCAGAUGUAUUUUAGGUCCAUUAUAGGUCCACACUGCACUGGUAAGGCAAGUUACCUAAGGGUCUAAGGCAUAGGUCAGCAUGAGACCUUUAAGAGCCAAUUCGCAUAGGUUACUUUAAGUGGGUUGGUUGCUUAUGAUUGAGAGACUGGUUUUUGACAAGUACAAAGCACAGCAUGGUGUCUUAAUACUAGCUGGUUUCGAUCACUGCUCUUGGUAUUACUAUUUAUGUUGAAGUUGAACCUUCCAAACUUGUGUAAUCCCAUCAUUAAAACUAACUGCAAUUAAAUAAACCAUGUCAUAAGCAAAAAUUGUAUUUC